CUCGUUGGCCAUGGACGGGAGAUCGGGAGCCGGGAGCGCCCGGAGCUCGGGUCGGAUCUCCGCGUAGGCACCUGAGUCACCGACGCUGAGCGGGGGGAGGAGAAGUGACAGUAUCAUGUAUGCCACUGGCUCCAGGGGACACUCCCCUGCUUUCUUGCAACCUCAGAAUGGAAACAGCCACCGAGCACCCGGUUACGUCCCUGGGAAGGUUGUCCCCUUACGUCCACCCCCUCCUCCAAAGAGCCAAGCUUCAGCCAAAUUGAUGUCCAUCAGACAAGAAGCCCCAGCAACAUUUGCAUUCUCACCUGAGGAGCCCCAGACACCCCAAGAGAGCCGGAAGCAGAAGAGACACAAGAACACCUUCAUUUGCUUUGCUAUAACUAGUUUCUCAUUUUUUGUUGCACUUGCUAUCAUUUUGGGAAUAUCCUCAAAAUAUGCUCCAGAUGAGAACUGUCCAGAUCAAAACCCUCGUCUCAGGAACUGGGAUCCAGGACAAGAUUCUACAAAACAAGUUGUUAUCAAGGAGGGAGAUAUGUUUCGCCUGACCUCAGAUGCCACAGUGAAUUCUAUAAUCAUUCAGGAUGGAGGACUGCUUGUAUUUGGGGAUGAUAAAGAUGGAUCCAGAAAUAUUACUUUGAGAACUCGUUACAUCCUGAUUCAGGAUGGUGGAGCGCUUCAUAUUGGAGCAGAAAAAUGCCGGUAUAAGUCCAAAGCGACUAUUACCUUGUUCGGCAAGUCAGAUGAAGGUGAGAGUAUGCCAACAUUUGGCAAAAAAUUUAUUGGCGUGGAAGCUGGUGGGACACUGGAGUUACAUGGGACGCAGAGGACUUCGUGGACGUUGUUGGCAAGGACGCUGCAUUCUUCAGGUCUACCCUUUGGGUCCUACACCUUUGAAAAGGUCUUUUCUCGGGGCCUCAAUGUGAGGGUCAUUGACCCAGACACAGCCAAAAUUUUGGAAAAUAUGAGGUUUGAUACUCAUGAAUAUCACAAUGAGAGCAGGCGACUUCAAGAAUUUCUGAGAAUCCAAGAUCCAGGUCGGAUUGUUGCUAUUGCUGUGGGAGACUCAGCAGUGAAAAGCCUUCUACAAGGAACGAUCCAGAUGAUCGAGGACCGGCUGGGAAGUAAGCUGAUCCAAGGGCUGAGCUACAGGCAAGCUUGGGCCUUAGUUGGCGUCAUCGAUGGCGGAAGCACUUCCUGCAAUGAAUCCGUGAGAAACUAUGAGAACCAUAGCAGUGGCGGGAAGGCUCUGGCCCAAAGAGAGUUUUAUACGGUGGAUGGCCAGAAGUUCUCAGUGACUGCCUACAGUGAAUGGAUUGAAGGCAUCUCUCUGUCAGGUUUCCGGGUGGAGAUCGUGGAUGGCGUGAAGCUUCAUCUGCUGGACGACGUUAGCAGCUGGAAAGCUGGAGACCAGAUUGUGGUUGCCAGCACCGACUAUUCCAUGUACCAAGCCGAGGAGUUCACUCUUCUCCCCUGUCCCGAGUGCAGCCGUUUUCAGGUCAAAGUUAAAGAAACCCCCCAGUUCCUGCACAUGGGUGAGAUCAUAGAUGGGAUAGACAUGAGAGCUGAGGUUGGAAUUCUCACCCGGAACAUUGUGAUCCAAGGAGAGAUGGAGGACUCAUGUUACGCAGAAAAUCAGUGCCAGUUCUUUGAUUAUGAUACUUUUGGGGGACACGUCAUGAUCAUGAAAAAUUUUACUUCGGUCCAUCUUUCCUAUGUGGAGCUCAAACACAUGGGCCAGCAGCAGCUCCUGGGGCGGUACCCUGUGCAUUUCCACCUCUGUGGAGAUGUGGAUUCUAAAGGAGGGUACAGGCACCCAACGUUUGUGGACGGCCUGUCUAUUCAUCACAGCUUCUCAAGGUGCAUCACUGUGCACGGGACUAAUGGCUUGCUGAUAAAAGACACCAUUGGAUUUGACACACUAGGUCAUUGCUUCUUUUUGGAAGAUGGUAUUGAACAGAGAAACACUUUGUUCCACAAUCUGGGACUCCUUACCAAACCGGGCACUCUCCUCCCCACGGAUCGGAACAAUUCCAUGUGCACCACCAUGCGAGACAAAGUGUUUGGAAACUAUGUCCCUGUGCCUGCCACUGACUGCAUGGCUGUUUCAACUUUCUGGAUUGCGCAUCCCAACAACCACCUGAUCAGCAGUGCAGCUGCAGGCUCUCAGGAUGCAGGAAUAUGGUAUUUAUUUCACAAGGAGCCAACUGGGGAGUCCAGUGGUCUUCAGCUUUCAGAGAAACCAGAACUCACUCCACUAGGGAUAUUUUAUAACAACAGGGUCCAUUCAAGCUUCAAGGCUGGCUUAUUUAUUGACAAAGGCGUCAAAACAACCAACUCCAGUGCUGCUGACCCAAGGGAAUACCUGUGUCUGGAUAACAGUGCGAGGUUUCGGCCUCAUAAGGAUUCAGACCCUGAAAAGCCACGUAUUGCUGCUGUAAUUGACAGGCUCAUUGCUUUUAAAAAUAAUGAUCAUGGAGCCUGGAUCAGAGGGGGAGACAUUAUCGUUCAGAAUUCAGCAUUUGCAGAUAAUGGAAUAGGACUGACCUUUGCCAGUGAUGGAAGCUUCCCAAGUGAUGAAGGUUCUAGCCAGGAGGUGUCUGAGUCUCUCUUUGUGGGUGAGAGCAGGAAUUACGGCUUCCAUGGUGGGCAGAACAAGUACAUGGGCACUGGAGGAAUCGACCAGAAACCUCGGACAUUACCCAGAAACAGGACAUUCCCAAUUAGAGGCUUUCAGAUUUAUGAUGGGCCCAUUCAUCUCACAAGGAGCACUUUCAAAAAAUACGUGCCAACCCCAGAUAGGUACAGCAGUGCGAUCGGCUUCCUUAUGAAGAAUUCCUGGCAGAUAACACCCAGGAAUAACAUUUCCCUUGUGAAGUUUGGUCCACAAGUCUCUCUGAAUGUCUUCUUUGGAAAGCCUGGCCCUUGGUUUGAAGAUUGUGAGAUGGAUGGGGAUAAGAACUCCAUAUUCCAUGACAUUGAUGGCUCUGUGACAGGAUAUAAAGACGUUUAUGUUGGAAGGAUGGACAAUUACCUGAUCCGCCACCCGAGCUGUGUCAACGUCACUAAGUGGAAUGCAGUGAUCUGUAGUGGGAACUAUGCCCAGGUCUAUGUGCAGACAUGGAGCACCCCAAAUCUUAGUAUGACCAUCACACGAGAUGAGUACCCAUCCCACCCCAUGGUGCUGCGUGGCAUCAACCCAAAGGCUACCUUCCCACAGUACCAGCCCGUCAUCAUGCUGGAGAAGGGGUACACCAUUCACUGGAACGGACCAGCGCCACGCACUACAUUUCUGUACCUCAUAAACUUCAACAAGAAUGACUGGAUUCGCGUUGGCCUCUGCUAUCCGUCAAACACAAGCUUUCAGGUGUCCUUCGGCUUUUUGCAGCGGCAGAACGGCUCCUUAUCCAAAGCUGCAGACUAUGAGCCCGUGGACUCCAUGGAGGAGCUGCAGAGGAAGCCAUCAGAGAGGAGAUUCUAUUUUGACUCUAGCACAGGGUUACUGUUUUUAUAUCUCAAAGCCCAGAGCCACAGGGAUGGCCACAGUUACUGUUCAUCUCAGGGAUGCGAAAGAGUCAGGAUUCAGGCCACCACAGACUCCAAAGACACCAGUAACUGCAUGGCCAAAGCCUACCCACAGUACUACAGAAAGCCCUCUGCGGCCAAGCGCAUGCCGGCCAUGCUCACGGGACUCUGUCAAGGCUGCGGCACCCGUCAGGUGGUGUUCAGUAGUGACCCUCACAAGAACUACCUCCCUGUGCACUUCCGGUCACCUGGUAAAGCAGAAACUCAGCGUGGAGAACCUUCUGUUAUUUCUGUCAACGGGACCAACUUUACCUUCCAAAGUGCAGGCGCCCUUCUUCUCAUUUUGGAUGCGUGCAGUGUUCCCUUCCGGUUGACAGAAAAACGGGUUUUCCCUCUCGCCGAUAUCAGUCGCAUGGAAGAGUACUUAAAAGCCAGCGUCCCUCCAAGGUCAAUUGUUCUGUUGAGCACAAGGGGAGAAAUCAAACAAUUCAAUAUUUCAGAUUCAUUAAUAUCUCUGGGAUUGGCCAAACCAGCUCACCUAUAUAACAAAGGGAGUACCAUAUUUUUGGGAUUCAGCGGAAACUUUAAACCAUCGUGGACUCAGCUGUUUACCAGCCCUGCUGAGCAGGGCCUCGGAGUGCUGGAACAGUUCGUACCUUUGCAGCUGGAAGACUAUGGCUGUCCCAGGGCUGGCAGUGUCUACAGAAGAGACCUCGAACUGUUAAAGCAGGCUUCAAAAGCGCUUUAGAGACUUCCUGUAACCUAAGUGCUGGGGAAAAAAAAAAUGUGAACUAACUUAUUUAAUUUAUGACAUUUGAAGAUGACACUGUUAACCCAAUGGAACAACUUUCCUGUUUGAUACAAAGAGGGCAGAAAAGAAAGAAUUCAGAGAGAUUGCUUUGAGUACCUUCUCUACAGAAUGUUUAAAAAAAACUGCGUCUUUGUAAAGCUAAUGCAUUCAGAAAACAGUACUCUGGUUCCCAGUCUUGCACCCUGAGAAUCGGCAAUGCUUGUCAUUGGUGCUCUGCUCGUUGCAUAGUGGGGUGCAGUAGGGUGGGGGCUUCCAAAAAUCCACUUGAGCUGUUAAGAGAACCACAUGCUGUAGCACCUCCGAUACUUGAAUUCUGACACUCAGUCGUGUCAAGUGGCACAAGUGACAGGCGACCGGGGAGUUCAGCGAAGCCUGAGGCCCAUUUCUGGACAGUGUUUGAGGGUUUUAUGUGAUGCUGAGUGACAGUUUUAAGUAGCAACUCAGGCCCAGCUCAGGCCCCUUUUUUGCCUAGACAUGUGCUAUUUUUACUCAUUUGUAUAUUGAUGAUUUUUGAGGGUUCACCUUUCAAAAAGGAAGUAUAUUGGAAAAGGGGGCUUUUAAAAUUUUCUUUAAUUUGUCAAUCUUUGGGCAAAACAAACAAACAAAAAAUCCUACACUCUGCUCUGAAGUUUGUGGGACCAUUUUUGCAGCUUUAAUCCUUGGUCUGUCUUAACUGUAUAUUUGUAUUUAAAAUGAAGAGAUAUCUGAAUAUUUACUUAAAAUUGUUUUUUUUUUUUUUUUUUUUUAGGAAACAGGUGAUUUUUCUGAACUGUAAACUUGUGUCAUUUUAACUUGCACAAAGGAAGUCUGUUCUUGGUAUUGCUCUUGUAUGUGUCCUUGGUAUUACUCUUGUAUGUGGGUUUCUUAGUUUUGGUGUGUGAAAUUUCAUUUUAAGAAAAGAUUCCCUGCUUACCAUUUUAACAGAGGAAAUAAUCUUAGAGAGUUUAACGACACGCCAGAUGAUUGUGCACAAGAAGGGAAAGGAGAGCCUCUUAGGUCCAGAAUUAGGGAGAGGGGUGAGACAUGAGCCUCAUUAGAUAGCCUGAAAGUUGUACAGAUACGCAGGUAGGCACCAUAUGCGAUGCCCAGUUCCCUUGCCACUGGGGUGACACGCCUGUGGUGAGGACUGAUGUGGCAAAGGAGAUUGCCCCUACGGCCUGGGCUGGUGCUACACCGAAAGGAGAGACACGUUGCGACGCCAUUUGUUUUCAUAACCCCACAAAGCACAAACCUGGGAGCAGGAACGACCAAGUGUGUGCAGGCUGACGCUUGCCAUGAGUACGAAUUCAGUUUCCUCUGUGAAGGGCUCAGGCCAACCAAUGCCUGUGUGUCUGUGUCCAGGAGGAAGGCUAGAGCCGCUGUGUGACUUCUGUUACUUUACACAAUAUGCUACCUCAAAGUGCCAGGACAAACCAUCCCAACUAAUUGCUCACACUGAGGACACAUGUCUUAAUCACACUUGGUUAUUAUUUUUUGGGUGUGUGUGUGUGUGUGUUUUGUAUAGUGAUUAAAGAAAUCUUACCUAUUAAAUAUGUUAUUGGAUCAUGGUUCCUGAUGGUGAUUAAAGUGAAGUGUGUGGGUUCUGUCUGUGUGUUAUGAAUUAAAUAUCUCUGAUGUGUUUUUAGAGUUCUUUAUUUGGAGAGGAUGUGUAAGUUCCAAGGCACUCAGUUUUUUUUGUUUUUUGUUUUUUGAUUUAUAUACUACAAGGGCUUAAGUUAAAUAAAUAAAAAUGUGUGCAUGUA